UAAAAUGAUUGAAAGCGGACAUCCCUGGAUGGGUGGGGCAUCAACCUCUUCAGUAACAGCAGACAGUUAUCAAUAUCAACUGCAAUCAAUGUGGCAAAAAUGUUGGAAUACUAAUCAACAAAAUUUGGUACAACAAUUGCGCUUUCGUGAACGUGGCCCGUUAAAGUCUUGGCGUCCCGAAGCAAUGGCCGAAGCUAUAUUUAGUGUGUUGAAGGAGGGUCUUUCGCUAUCACAGGCCGCACGCAAAUAUGAUAUUCCCUAUCCCACUUUUGUGCUAUAUGCAAAUCGUGUGCAUAACAUGUUGGGCCCAUCGUUGGAUGGUGGUGCCGAUCCACGUCCAAAAGCGCGCGGACGUCCACAACGUAUUUUGUUGGGCAUGUGGCCGGAGGAACUGAUACGCUCGGUUAUAAAAGCGGUUGUGUUUAGGGAUUAUCGCGAGAUUAAAGAGGAUAUGGGGCAUGUGUAUGCCAAUGGACAAAUGCAAGCGGCUUCCUCAUUUGGUGUAGCUGGUAAUGCUGCUGUCGCAGCCGCUGCGGCUAAUGGCUAUCAUAAUGCCGCCAAACUCGCCGCACAGAAUGCUGCCCUUGCGCCACCCGAUUCGCCCAGUCCACUCUCCACCAUGACCGAAACAUUGCGCCGCCAAAUAAUGUCACAGCAGCAGCAAUCACCCAUCUCGCAGACGAUGAAUAUGUACAAAUCGCCGGCAUAUUUGCAACGUUCCGAGAUCGAAGAUCAAGUAUCGGCUGCGAAUGCUAAGCAGCAUGCGGAAGCGCGCCGCAGCUCAGAUAGCAUGCCUGAUUUGAGCACACUGGGUGGAUUGAUGGGUAUACCCGGGUUGAAUGUGAUGCCCACACAAGCAGCCUCACGUGUUAGUCAACUGCAUCAGAGUGGUGCUAACUAUGCCCGAGAGCGUGAACGUGAACGAGAACGUGAGCGCGAGCGAGAACGUGAUCUAAAAGAAGCCAUGCAAGCGCGUCAAUAUGGCAAUCAGUCGCGUGGGUCUAUCGGCGCAGUAAGUGGUGGAGGUAGUAGUAGUCAAAAGAUGCCAGCCACUGCAGCUGCGGUCGCUGAUCCGGCUGCCACCUAUGCGCACUACAAGAAUAAAGAGCAUGCGACCAACUAUGCAUUUAAUAAGCGGUUUGCCGAAACGCUGCCGCCUGGCAUAGAUUUCGAGGCGAUCGCCAAUGGAUUGCUGCAAAAGACGGUAAAUAAGAGUCCGCGUUUCGAAGAUUUCUUCCCUAGUGAAUUUUUUGGCAAUGCCGAAAGUGGUGCCAGCGCUGGAGCGGCAUAUCCACCGACACGCGAAUCGCCGCUAAUGAAAAUCAAGCUGGAGCAUCAGGCGAAUGCUGAAGUACCGCAUGAGGAUUAAAAUGAAAAGAUGGGAGAGAGAGAGAGGUUAGGAAAGGGAGCAGGAAAAAUACAAAAUGCUGAAGUAGUUGAAGUAUUCUUUUAAUGUGGAAGGGUAAGAUAAUAAUUUAGUCACUGGAAGACAUACCAGUGAACGUACGUAUAUGUAUAUGAAAAUGUCUGCAUAUAGGAAAUAAAGUUGAAAGGAGGGAGAAAGAAUUCUUUAAGAAUAAACUUUUUUGACUGCUAUUAAACCCCAACGUUUGUAAGUUAGCUGAUAAGUUUUAGGUUUAGGUACAAAAAUAAAAACAUGCAAGUAUACACGCACACAUGUACACACAAAAAUAUGCUAGCAAGCACUCAAUUGAAAAAAAUAUAUGCAAAAAAAAAAUAUAUAUAUUUAAAAAGGUAAGUACGUAUAAUAAUUUGAUUAGCCGUAGGUGAGUGCUGAAGCUACACGCAAACGUAUGAGCAGCGCUGAUAAGUAUGUUAAAAAAAUUAAGUAAAUAAUAUACAUAUUUACAGUUAGUUUUCCAUUAGGUACUAAAACAGACAAAAAUACAAUAGUAAAAAACUGAAGUAGUAAAUUAAGAAGAAAAAUAAAAGGAAGGAAAACGUUGUCUUUUUUAUUUCAACUACUACAUACACAUAAUAUAUUACUCUACAUGCAUAAGAUCUCGUUGUAUGACACAUACAAGUAUACAUAUAUGUAGUGUAUUCUCUUAUUUAUUUGCUUCCCAGUGUUUGUCUAAUGCUUGCAUAUUAUACAUACACAUACAUAUGCAUAUGCUUACACAUAAAUACAAUAAUUUUUAUUAAAACAUUAUUCUUACGUAAUUAAAAAAUAUUUAUGAAACUAAGUUUUUGAAAAUAAUAGACUUGAGCAUUUUUAAAUGUGCGAAUAGGUGUCUAAGUGUCAUUAUAUUUAAUAUUUUAAGCAUAGGCGUGUGUAUAUGCUGUCAAACAAACAACAAAAAACAAAAGCUAGUAAUAAUAAGAAAAAAUUAGUUAUAGUGAAAAAUAGAAAAAAGUUAGACUGCUAAUAAUGUUUUUUAAUCCUAAACAUCACGUCUGCUGACAUUUGAUAUCCCUUCCAAAUUACAAAUGCCUUUUUUAUUAAACAAAGAAAAUUCCAAAAUUAAGUUCUCUGAAAAAUACUAAGCUAAGUAUUUCUUGACUUCCUUUAAAACUAUGGUUUAAUUGUAAAUAAUGUACAAAUGAAAUUAAAAAGUGUAAAAAAGCUUCAAAACUAAGGCAAAGUAAAAUAUUAAAUUAUAAGUGAGAUACUUUUGAAAAGUAUACAUACAUAUAUAUGCAUACAUAUACAGGGUAUUAAAUAAAGGAUGUGAAAUAUUUAAUGAUGUCAUAUAUUCAGAAUCGUUAGCUUGCGGACCUAUGCUUAUUAAGACUUCUUUGCUUCUUAUGGUCCACACCAGUAUAUCCUUAAAUAUUUUAGAUAUUUUUUAACACCCUGUAUGUGUAUUUGGUGCAAUUGCAUAAUCAUAAUUAAUAUAAACAUAUAGAAAGUUUGUGUUUCACACACAUUCUUACGCGCACACAAGUAAAAAAGUUGCUUGCAUACUUGGAAAACAAAUUCCAUGACUUGUGCUUUUGCGACUUUGGUGUUUACUAUAAGUACAUACAUACAUACAUACAAAAAUAUAUCUACUUUUCAUUGUAUUUACUAGCCACGUAGGUACGAAAUAAGAAAUAAUAAAAUUAUAUACAUACAUACAAAUAUACUACAUAAAAUGUAAUGUAAUGAUAAUUAUUGGUGUAUGCUAGAGAAAGUCAACAAACAUGCAUACAUAUAAAAUGACGUGAAUAAAUAUUUUAGU